UUCAACGAUUAAUUUUCAAAACCCACUUAAAUUCGUCGCCUAAUUCUUCAUUACUCGAGACAAAUUCAACAACAUUAUUUAUAUGAACUUGCGGAAAAUCACUUGGACGUUUGGCUGAAUCGAAGUCCACCAUUGCAAUUUCAAUCCAUUUUUUAAAGCUUUCCACUACUUUUACCCAAAACCCUUUCUCUCUCUCUCUUGCUCGAUUAAGUGUGUCUUCUAGUGGGUUUGGAUUAAUCGGAUUGGGAAGAAGAAGCACUUUAAUCACGGAUGAGAAAAAGGGGGUGUUGUUUUAGUGUUGUUCUUAAUGCUCUGAUAAUUCUAGAGCACAGUUUUCGUUUCAUCUGUGUUUAUUUUCCCAUUGCUUUUACAGUACAAUUUGUGGGUCUUCUUCAUUUGUUUUUCGGAACUGCUCGGCUCUCGAGCUGUUACUCGUGGUGCCCAUGUCGCUAAUUCUUAAAUUCUCUGAUUCUUUCUGAUUUCUCUCAUUUUGAGCGGUUGAGUGCGGUGAAAAAAGAAAGAGAUCUGAUGAAAACUGCUGAAAUUUCCUCUGCGAUUGCGACUCUGAUGGGGUUUCGAUCGCUGUUUCUGCUUUUUGGGAUUUGUUUUGCUGUUCGUUCUUGCUCUGUCUGUGAAUCUGCAGUUAUCGUUCCGAACGGGCGAAGCGAAGCGCGUUCUUCUCUCACAGCAACUCGAUUAGACGAUUCGAGUAGAGCUCCUAGCAUUGCACUUCCACCUACCGUGCCUGCUAAGAAAUGGGGGCAUGGUCAUGAAUUUCGCCAUUCAAGAAGGAAGUUCAGAAACAAUGCUCCACGGCGUGGUUAUCGUGCAUCGACUCCGGAGAGUGGCCAGCAAGGCCGUGCUGCUGUCUCUCCAAUUCAAUCACCAUUACCAUCUGCAACGAGAGGAAGGUCGCCAAGACCUGCGCCAUCGCCAACGAUUCCACCGAACCACUAUUAUAUGACCAUUCCUGCUCCUACAAUUUCUCCUAUGGGUUCUUAUAAGAAGAGGAAGAAGAGCAUGCCACCAUCACAAGUUAUGAUGCUACCACCCCCACCUCCUAAUGGGGAUUGUGCGAUAUCAUGUACCGAACCACUGACCUAUACACCUCCCGGGACGUUGUGUGGGUGCGUGUGGCCAAUUCAAGUCAAAAUCAGUCUUGAUGUUGCAAUAUAUACGUUUUUCCCUCUGGUUUCGGAGCUGGCAGAGGAAAUUGCAGACAGUAUUGGUCUGAACCAUAGCCAAGUUCGAAUUAUGGGAGCUGAUGCUGCUAGUCAGCAGUUAGAAAAAACGACCGUCCUCAUCAACUUGGUUCCGAGAGGACCGAAAUUCAAUGAUACCAUGGCAUUUUCGAUAUAUCACAAGUUUUGGCACAGAAAAAUAUCCAUUAACGCUUCGUUAUUUGGUCGAUAUCAAGUCCUGAAUGUCAAAUAUCCAGGUCUUCCGCCGUCUCCUCCGUUACCUCCUUCAGGUACUUCCUCCAUUAACGAUGGCUUGAACACGAGCAAUACUAAUAUUGGAAAUGCUAUAAAACCUUUGGGAGUCGACGUGCCAAGAAGAAGGAAAGAAGGGCUUAGCGGAAACAUGAUCGCCGUGAUUACUAUAUCGUCGUUCACUGCCUUUGUUAUGUGUGUUGGACUUGCUUGGCUUUGCCUGUUGAGAUGCAGAGUGUUUGCACAUCAGGCAGCACAAGUUCCGCAAAACUUGAUAGCCUCACCUACAAAACCAUCAGGCACUGCUGGAUUAAUGAUGGCUGGAAGUGAACCUGGUUCUUCAUCCCUGCCUCUCGAUGCCGAUCCUAUGACGUAUAUAGGAGCUGCAAAGAACUUCACCUUGAAAGAUAUGAAGAAAGCUACCUACAACUUCGAUGUUGCAAGAAUAUUAGGAGAAGGUGGCUUUGGAAUUGUUUACAGUGGCAGUUUGGAUGAUGGAAGGGAAGUGGCUGUGAAGGUUCUCAAACGACAUAAUCAACACGGUAUUCGGGAAUUCUUGGCCGAAGUCGAGAUGCUGAGCCGUCUACACCAUAGAAAUCUAGUUAAAUUGAUUGGUAUCUGUACAGAAGAUCAGAUUCGCUGCCUUGUUUAUGAAUUGGUUCCGAACGGAAGCGUCGAAUCGCAUUUACAUGGCAUUGACAAGUUAACUGGUCCUCUUGACUGGGAUGCUCGGAUGAAGAUUGCCCUUGGUGCUGCUCGUGGCCUAGCCUAUUUGCACGAAGACUCUAAUCCUCGAGUUAUUCAUCGAGAUUUCAAAGCUAGCAACAUCCUGUUGGAAUAUGACUUCACACCGAAAGUUUCAGAUUUUGGAUUAGCUAGAACUGCACUAGAGGAAGGAAACAAGCACAUCUCAACCCAUGUCAUGGGAACUUUUGGUUAUCUAGCUCCAGAGUAUGCAAUGACGGGGCACCUUCUUGUAAAGAGCGAUGUCUACAGCUAUGGUGUUGUCCUUCUCGAGCUACUUACGGGAAGAAAACCAGUUGACUUGUUGCUUCCACCGGGGCAAGAAAAUCUUGUUGCUUGGGCUCGACCGCUUCUCACGAGCAAGGAGGGGUUAGAUGUAAUUACAGACCCAGCUAUUAAGUCUGAUAUCUCUAUUGAUAGCUUGGCCAGAGUAGCUGCAAUUGCUUCUAUGUGUGUGCAACCCGAAGUGUCUCACAGACCAUUUAUGGGCGAGGUUGUUCAAGCUCUAAAGCUUGUUUGCAAUGAGUUCGAAGAGACAAAUGAGGCAGGUUCACAAAGUUACAGCCGAGACGAACUUCUAAGUUACAUGGAUAGUAAAUUUGGAGGAAUUUCAGGGGAAAUACUAAACGCUACCGACACCUUGCACCCGUUUCCUUCAAAAAAAGAGACAAAUGUAGGACUAUCGGCAUCGGAUUUGAUCAGCGCAUCUGCAAGAUUUGAAGGACAGGAAUUAGUUUCCUUGAGAUGGCAUACAUCAAACUCAGAACCCUUGAAAAUGGGAAGGAAAGGGCAGUUCUGGCAGAAACUAAGAAGUUUAUCACGAGGCAGCAUCAGUGAACAUGGCUUUUCUUCUAAAUUUUGGCCUGGAUUUCGUUAGUUUAUGUUUAUUCAUCUCUUGCAACGCAACAUCUUGAAGUUCAAAUCAAUUGCAUUUCUGAGGCCUUUAAUAUUGUGGCCAUCUUUCUAGGUCA